GAAUUUUUGCAGUUAAAAUCAAAUUAGUUACCAAAAUGUCUGCUACAGAUUACCUUCUCUUGAUCCUGGUAUUCGGAUCUCUAGUAAUUAGAAUCCAAGGCCUUUAUUCCAAAUUGGAAGGUACAUCGAAUGGAUGCGGACCUAAUCCAUUGUUCACCAUCCUUUCGGUGACCGCAGCUUCAGGAUAUGUUUCUGCUACUGACGUCAUGGAAGUACUGGACACACAUGACGGAAUAAAAAGUGAUGUGAUUGCACUGAUGAAAGCUUACGAUGAUUGCAUACGUACAGCAGAUGGAAUGCGUUACAAGAAAGACAGUAUAUAUGGACUUCCUGAGUUUUACAUGAGCCUAUAUGAAAAGUAACUUAAGCCAAGCGAUAACUGCAAUAUUUAUCUCAAAUUCAUAGUUACAUGCAUAUACCAUAAUGCAUAAUUGAUAAUAUAUUUUUCUACGUUUCAGUAAUUAACUAUUUCAAAUUAUUGAAACAUUCUAGAAAUUAUUGAAGAAAUAUACUGUAGAAAUUAUUGACAUAGUCUUAAGGUACUGUAAAAAUUUUCAGUAUCCAAAAGUUGCAGUAUUGAUUAAUCAAAAGUUUUGUAUCAGUUCGUAUAAUUUCCCUCACUGAAAAUGUUGCGCCUGAAAUUAAAUAAAAAAUUACAUAAUUUCU